ACUCCGUAUUUCUCAACCCCCAAAUACUGAAUAUUGGCCAAUUUUAAAAAUUGACAUUUACAUUCAGAAAAUUCCAGUAACCAAACCCAGAAAAUCCAUUUCAUAAAUGGUUGAUGAUCAAGCAAUUAUUUGAAGCUUAACAACAAUAAUGGAGAAACUAAGCAAUUCGAGCUCUAGGGAGAUGCAAUGCGUCGGAAAGUUGGAAAUAGCGAGUCCGAAACCAGUUGGAUUUCUUUGCGGUUCAAUUCCUGUCACUACAGAUAACUCCUUCCACUCUUUUAGCUCUGACCUCGUUCCUUCUUCUCAAACGGUGAGUGCACCGAGGUAUCGGAUGUUGCCGACGGAAACUGAUCUUAAUAAUCCGCCAUUGCCGACGACGAGUGUUCCAAAUUCGCGACCCUCUCCUAAUGCUACUCAAGGUGCAUCAUGGGAUGAUGGAGCUUCUACAUCUAACCUAGUUAGGAAGGGUGAGGCCCUUGCUGUAUCUGGUUUGGUUGAGUACGGUGAUGAGAUAGAUGUCAUUGCUCCUGCUGACAUCCUGAAGCAAAUAUUUAAGAUUCCAUACACAAAGGCUCGAUUAUCAAUUGCAGUUCAUCGUGUUGGGCAAACUCUUAUCCUGAAUGCUGGGCCUGAUGUAGAAGAGGGAGAAAGAUUUGUAAGGAGAAACCAGCCAAAAUGCUCUGAUGAGUCUCUCUUUCUGAAUUUCGCUAUGCAUUCAGUUCGAAUGGAGGCUUGUGAUUGCCCACCCACUCAUUCCGCAGCUGCAGAAGGACAAUCUAAGUCAUCUGUUCUCCCGAGACCAUCUGAUCCAAUGAGUACUUUCUUCAAAUCUUCUGAAUUUCAGACUGAUAACGUUUCUGAAAAUGAAGGAAGUGAUGGACAUUCUGACUAUUCCAAAGGAAAACAAAACGGCUUGUAUUGGGGGAGUAAGGAGAACAAGAGAUGUAAGGCUCGUGAUCAUGUAAAGAAGGCUUCUCAUAUUGGUGAAAAGCCCAGAUGCCCGGUGCAGGAAUCUGAAAAGUAUAGAUGCAGUAAUGACGAGUUCUUGAGAGUCUUAUUUUGGCAGUUCCAUAACUUCCGUGUUCUUCUUGGUAGCGAUUUACUCCUAUUUAGUAAUGACAAAUAUGUAUCUGUGAGCUUACAUUUAUGGGAUGUUUCUAGAAAGGUCACACCAUUAACAUGGCUUGAAGCCUGGUUGGAUAAUGUUAUGGCGAGUGUUCCGGAGUUAGCCAUCUGUUAUCAUAGAAAUGGUGUAGUAAAAGGUUAUGAGCUUUUGAAAACAGAUGACAUACAUCUUUUGAAGGGCGUCUCUGAAGAUGGUACACCAGCAUUUCAUCCUUAUGCUGUUCAGAAAAAUGGACUUUCUGUUUUGAGGUUUCUCCAGGCGAAUUGCAAGGAAGAUCCUGGUGCUUACUGGCUAUAUAAAAACACUGGAGAAGAUGUGAUUCAACUUUUUGAUCUUUCUGUCAUCCCUCAAAGCCAUCCACCUGAGAGCGGUGAUGGUUGCUCAAGCUCUUUGCCAUCUUUGAUCCACAGAGGAAGAUCUGACUCUUUAUUGUCCCUUGGAACUCUCCUUUACCGUAUUGCUCAUAGGCUCUCACUUUCCAUGGCUCCCGAAAGUAGGUUCAGGUGUGCUAGGUUCGUCCGAAAAUGUUUGGAGCUGUUGGAUGAACCUGAUCAUCUGGUUGUCCGUGCAUUUGCACAUGAACAAUUUGCAAGGCUUAUUUUGAAUAGUGAUGAAGAGCUCGACUUAGCUGCCGAAGUUUUUCCCUUGGUGUCAGAAGUAACAGUCACUGAUCAAGAGGAAGAGUCCUUGGAUAUUGUUAGUAUUAUAUCAGAAUCUAGUAUCCAGGAGUCAUUAAAUAGUGAUCCUAACAACUGCCAAGAAUCAUUUUCUGAGGUUUCUGGAAGUGAUAUUCAGGAUAUAAAUAUUUCUGAAUCUGAUGACUUCAGUGCAUCUGAUCUUGUGGAUGCCAAGAGUUCUGGGUUUCUGCAACAUCAUCGAGCAGAAGAGGGCUACACAGUGCAUAAUGUGUCCUCAGCUCCUGUGGAUGUGAUUCAGACCAUUGCUGAUCCAAUUUCAUCGAAGCUUGCUGCUGUACAUCAUGUUUCUCAAGCUAUCAAGUCACUGAGAUGGACACGGGAACUGCAGGGUGCUGAAUCAGAGUUCGUUAAUGAUGAAACUAUGCAGCACCCAUCUUCAUCUGGAAAUUUUUCCAUUUGUGCUUGUGGGGACACUGAAUGUAUUGAAGUUUGUGACAUUCGGGAAUGGCUCCCAACUUCAAUGCUGGACCAUAAGCUGUGGAAACUAAUUCUUUUGCUUGGAGAAUCUUAUUUGGCCCUGGGACAAGCCUACAUAAAGGAUGGACAACUGUUACAAGCCUUAAAAGUAGUUGAAGUUGCAUGUUCUGUGUAUGGGUCAGUGCCUCAAUAUCUCCAAGAUACGAAAUUUAUUUCUUCUAUGUGUAAUGGUCAAUUCUUUCAGAAUGGACCUGACAAUAGAGAAGAGCAAGGACCUCUAAUGAGUGAUGAAGGCCUACCUUGCAAGAGUUCUUUUGAUGACCGUAUUAAUCCUGAGGAGUUUUCUUCAACCUACCUCUUUUGGGCCAAGGCUUGGAUGUUAGUUGGGGAUGUUUAUGUUGAGUUCCUCACUGUGCAAGGAAAAGAGACCUCUCCACCAUCAACCCAAACGCAUUCCUCUGUUCAAGAGUUACGAAUGUCGUCCGAGGUUGUGAAGGAACUCAUCAGGCUUAAGAAGAAGCUGGGUCAGGAUAUAGAGAAUUGCAGCACAUGCUCCCUCGUAAAUUGCAGCUGUCAGAGCGAUAGGGCUAGCAGUGGAAUCAGUGCCAGUAGCAGCAAAGGAGGCACUACCCCAUUUGUUCAUGGCAAAAGACAGAGUAAGAGAUCACAGUUGAGAAGCGUAGCAACCUCUCUCUCUGCCAGCUUAGAAGAUACUAGUCUGCAAAGUAAAAGUGACCCGGGAAGUAACUCUGUGGUAAUGAUGGACAAAAAAGACAGUGAUACAAAUUUAGAAAAGCAUAACAUGACUUCAGAUGUCAACAGGGAACAGUCAUCGUCCUCCACUUCCGGGGAUGAUGACCAUGGUUUAGCUUCUGUUACCACGGAAGACACAAAUGUUGAUACCAGUUCUUCUUUUGACAGUUCGUUUACAUCUGAAGAAUCUCCUAAAAGCAGAAGUGGUGGAAUAUUUAAGUAUCUUCGAGGUCCUGGAAGCAAUGAUACGGAUCACGUUCUUUCAUUGGCAUUAAUCUGUUAUGAGUCAGCUACUAAGUCUUUGGGUGAGCUUUCUACUGGUUCACGUGAGUUGCAAUCAGUGCUUAAGAAGAUAGGAUGGGUUUGCAAUGAACUUGGAAGAUUCUGGCUUGAAAGAAAAAAUUUGACCAAAGCUGAAGCAGCUUUUGUCAAGGCAAUUGAUGCAUUUAGAGAAGUUUCUGAUCAUAUCAAUAUUAUACUGAUUAACAGUAACUUGGGUCAUGGAAGACGAGCAUUGGCCGAGGAAUUGGUAUCAAAGAUGGAAUAUUUUAAAUCGAAAGCAAUCCUCCGUGAUGCAUACGUGCAGGCCUUGGACGCUGCUAAAGUGGAAUAUGGGAAGUCACUUAGGUUUUACGGGGUUGCGAAGUCUGAACUUACCAGUGCCAAUGGUGAUACAGAUGAAUUGUUAGCUGACCUGAGAAAUGAAGUUUAUACUCAGUUUGCUAAUACUUAUUUGAGGCUCGGCAUGUUAUUGUCAAGAGAAGAUUCGGUUGCUGAUAUUUAUGUAAAUGGAAAUCUGGCUGACAAACCGCUGGGAUCUCAAGUUCUUAGCGACAAAAGAGCAAAGAAGGGACAUAAGAAGAGUAAGAUUUCAGGCAAUGAUGCCGUAAGAGAAGCUUUGUCCAUUUAUGAGUCUUUGGGUGAAGUACGAAAACAGGAAGUUGCUUAUGCUUAUUUCCAGCUAGCUUGUUGUCAGAGGAAUAGCUGCUUGAAGUUUGCAAACUUCAGCCACAGAAGCAGCAAUCAGUCAAAAGGUGAAAAUGGCAUCCUCCAAAGGGUAAAUCAGUAUCUUUCCUUAGCUGAGAGGAACUGGGAGAAGGCAGUUGAGUUUUACAGUGCAAAGAGACAUCCCAUCAUGUACUUAACCAUUUUAAUCGAGAGAGCAUUUCUCUUGUCAAGUCUCGCUAUUGUUUAUCACAAACAUGGGAUGCUAGAAAGUGCAUUGAGUUGUCUGCUUGAAGGACGCCAUGUCUCAGAGCAGUUGCAUACCACAAAUGGCACGUCCGAUGUGUGUGCUCGGUUUUGGAGGCAAUUGCAGAAGCUAUUGAAGGAGAUGUUGGCUUCUUCUCUGUCAGCAGGCUCAGACAAAAUGGCUGUUGCUUCCCCAACAGGUCAGAACAAAAUGGCUGUUGCUUCAUCAACUCCAUCAUCAAAGAGGUCUGGAGAUGUCGAGAAGCUAAAAGAGCUUUACAAGAGAUCACUCAAGUCCCCAGAUUUCAGCCAAUUGCAGUCUAUGAAUAACUUAUGGGCUGGUAUCACAGUACAGGAUGAUCUAACUAAGUUUAAGUUGAACGGCACUGAAACUAUUACUGAAGGCCCAGAUUGAACGAUGUGAUUUUGGUAUCUUUUUGGAGUAUUAUUUUUCUCCAUAAUACUUACUGUCUGGGUAGGGGCUGCUCUUGAAGUUGCGACCAAAAAAACAGCGUCCAACACCUGACAUAACUCAAAAUAGAUGCAGUGUUGAACUGUUUCCUUUGGUUCAGCUGUUGGUAUAUUGUUCUUCUGCUGGAUUUUCUCUAGUGCAAGGAAGGCUUUGUAUAUAAUUGUGCAAAUGGUUUUGGUGUAUGUAUUAAAGAUAACUCUCUUAAAUAGCAUCUUGUAGUUCAAAUUGAUAAGGAAAUAGUGUCACACUCUAGACUCUAGUUGUGUGAGUUGAUCUUCACCUUAUCACCUGUUUUACUGUUUAGUAUGUGUAAAUGAAUUGAUAUAUUCAAGGAUAUUUAUAAAUAUGUGCCGGACA